AUGUCAACCAACUUCUCCGAAAUACCCAUCUUGGACCUUAGUUUGGCAGACGAUCCAUCCACGAAGCAACAGCUUCUGAAAGAGCUUCGACAUAUUCUCCUAAAUAUUGGUUUUCUAUACGUGAAGAAUCAUGGAGUAUCUACAGAUGUUAUUGAUGCACUCGUGAAAGUUCUUCCAAACUUGUUCGAUAUUCCCAAGAGAGAAAAGGACUCGAUAGCCCUGGAGAAAUCACCACAUUUUCUGGGAUACAGUGGGAUGGGAGCCGAAAAAACUGCUCAGGUAUCAGAUCAGCGAGAACAGUUUGAGUUUGCGACGGAGUUGGAGUCAUCAUGGGUGGAAGGAGAUCCAUUAUACAAAAGACUCCUUGGGCCAAAUCAGUGGCCCCCAUCACUUCCCUUGAUUUGCCCUGUGAUUGAAAAAUAUAUCCAAUCACUCCUCGAACUUUCCACAAGAUUUCUUACACUUGUUGCGGAAGCACUGAAUAUUUCUUCAUCAUCUCUCCACACAUUUCUUUCACCCCAGCACCGACUGAAGGUCGUUCAUUAUAGCCCUAUCAUCUCACCUGGUGACAAUCAAGGUGUAGGUCCGCAUAAAGAUUCAUCAGGAUGGUGGACAUUCCUCCUCCAAGCUUCUCCACCUCAUAUCCGUGGUCUCCAAGCCAUGAAUCGCUCAGGCGCAUGGAUUGACGUUCCAAAUAUCCCCGGCACAUUUGUCGUCAACAUCGGCCAGGCGUUUGAAGUCGCUACAAAUGGAGUUUGUCCAGCUACGAUACAUAGGGUGUUAUCUAGUGAAUAUGAUAGAUAUAGCAUACCUUUUUUCCAAGGGGUGCGUGGUGAUGCUACCAAAAAGGAUUUCGAGGCUUUAUGGCCGCAAUUAAAGAGACAAGGAAGGAAAGAAUCCAAAGAAGGCCAGAGUAUUGACUCUCCAUUCUUAAGUGGAAAGUAUGACACUUGGGGCGAAUCUCAAUUGAGAACGAAGGUUCGGAGUCACCGAGAUGCGGGAAAGAAGUUCUAUGGCCCUGUUUACGAAAAAUACAUUAAUGACUCUCCUGCACUGGAUAACACAGAUACUGCUACACAACUUAUAGGUUAUCUCAACAACCCUUCUCAAAAUGGUCGUCUGACCAUUGGUGCUUGGCCUGCCAACACGAGAUACACUGCUUUACGAAAACAAGUCCACUUCGGCAUUGCUUACUUGGCUCCCUCCGAUCUUACGAAGCCUACUGAUCCAUUGAGUAUUGAUCUAGGUGAGGUCACUGCUGCUCUUGAGUUGCUUGGCUCCUCCUGUGUAUAG